UGCCUUGGAGGAGAGACCCCCCCUCCACCCCUUCACUUCUUUUUUUUUCUUCCAAUUUCCCAUUGUGAGCCCCCCCCUCUCCCAUGCACGCGACCCUUUGAUCUGGGCGCUGCAGCCCCCCCCCGCCCCACUGAUUUACCCCCCCGCCCCACAGGAGGGGAGGGAGACAAACACCCCUCGCCUUGUAAAGAGAUAAUUUUUGGCAGGUGUUAAUUUUUUUUGCAUGCUCUGGAUUUGGCUCUUUAAUCCGGCCGGCGACAGCUCGCGCGCGCACACACACACACGCACUGCCCGGAGUGGUGGUGGCUGCAGCUCCCAUCCCUCCCUUCUCCUCCUUCCUCCCCCUGCCGCUGCUGCUUCUCCUGCUCUUGCUCCGGAUCGCUCUUCCUCCGAGCCGUAUGUUUUGUACCAUUCCCGCAGACGAUGUCCCUGCACUGACGUUGCCCUGAAGACUCCUGCAGCAGCGUUGGAAGGAUUCCCCCGUUGAUUAUAAUUAUUUCAGUUUUUGGUGGUUGGUUGUUUAGUUGCUGCGGCGAGUGGGGUUUGGUUUUUUGGUUUGGUUCUGGUUUUUUUAACACCAUGUCUAAUUCGGGCGCCCCUCAAGAUGCUGGUAACAAGCCCAACGUGUUGGACAGAAAUAACCAAGAGGACUCGCAACCCCCCGUCAACUCCGAGAGGAGGAACAAAAGUGGGAUCAUAAGUGAACCUUUGAAUAAAAGUCUUAAGAAAUCGCGUCCGCUCUCCCACUACUCCACCUUCAGCAGCAGCAGCUUGGUAAACGAACAUUCAGAGAAAGGAACCUCCUUAGCUAAUGGCAAUGAAGCAACUGUGGAUAAAAGUCACUCUACCUCAAAGCACAAAAACAUCUCUAGUAUGCUGAGCAAAUCAGACAGGGCGUCAGAAAUCUCAUCAGAAGGACAGAUCAGCCUACAACAGUUUGCUCAGUCUACAGAUAUGCUCAAAAGAGUGGUACAGGAGCACAUUCCUUUACCAAAUGACCACGGAACUGGUAUCUCUGAUAUGGAAGCGGUCUCAGCUGCAGAGACAAUGAACAGCCCAUCUGAUUUUCCUUACCUGGGGGCUUUUCCCAUAAACCCAGGCCUUUUCAUUAUGACCCCUGCUGGCGUGUUUCUGGCAGAGAGCGCGCUCCAUAUGGCUGGCUUGGCAGAGUACCCAAUGCAGAAUGAAUUGGCAUCUGCCAUCAAUUCUGGGAAAAAGAAACGGAAAAGAUGUGGCAUGUGCCCUCCGUGCCGAAGACGGAUAAACUGCGAGCAGUGCAGCAGUUGUAGGAAUCGCAAAACUGGCCACCAGAUUUGCAAAUUCCGAAAAUGUGAGGAACUCAAAAAGAAGCCGUCUGCAGCGCUGGAGAUUUUCCUCUUUUGUGUGGACUUUUCUUUCUCUUUUUUCCCCCCACCAAAGGCUACAACUGCUAAAAGGCGUAAGUCUCCCCCGCAGGACAAGUAACAGAACCCCAAAGACACUGAAAUAAGGUGAUGCUUCCUACAGGAGCUGCAUUCAGAUGGUUUCAGUAGGAAUGAGAAUUCCAAAGCUCUGUCAUCUAAGUGCAAUGUCACUGCUUGCUUGUGUUGUCUCAGGCAAGGAAUUUUUUGGCUGAAAUGAAUGGAUGCACCUGUGUCUCUUUAGAACCAAAAAUAUUUUCUCGCAGAUUUCAUUCCUGUUUUUAUAUAUAUAUUUUUUUUGCGUUUGUUUUAACAUCUUCAAGUCCUAGUAAAACAUUUAACUGCUUUUCAAAUAAUAAUAAUAAAAAAAUGGAUCUGUAAAGUACCAAGACUUAAUAGACAGAGUAUGGACAAUCAGUUUCUUUCUGUGUUUUGGUGUUGAUGUUGUUUAUGUGUGGAAGAUGCAGUUCUUGUGUAGAGAAUGUAAAUUUACAGUAACCUUUUAAAAUCUAGUUACUAAUAAGCACUACUGUAAUUUAGCACAGUUGUUUAAUUACACCCUCAUUUAUACUUUUUAUUUGAUUAUUUCCCAUCAUAAAAUAGAGUGGAUAGUUUCUAGAAUGCCUCAACUUCAUGUUUAUAAAUGAGAAUAUGUUUAAAACGAUGUAGUAUCCCUUUUCCUAACCAUUCACAUAUGUAAGUUUAACCAGCAAGAAGCUUGGUAUUAAAGAUGAAAGAAAAAUUGCUGCAAAAUGGGCAGUCUUGGAAAAAAAAUCAUUGUUAGUUUAUUAAUAUAGAACAAGAAAUACUGCAUACAGGGAAAACAAGAUCCUAAUUGCAAUGAUUUACUUAUAGAAAUCAUUUUUAUAAACUUACUGAAGUUAAAAGAAAAAUAAAAAAAAAUUGCAGGACCUGUGCUGAAGCAGUUCUGAAAGCUAAUAUUUCUCUUAUGUUCAAAUCCCCGUUUCUCCAGCUCUCUCUACAUCAGUAAAUUGAAAUGCUGUUUGUAAUGUUUUAGCGAUCCAGGCUGUUUUGUGAAUAAAAUGAAUGCAUGUUUUGUGUCAUGAUUUACAUCUCGUUUUUUUCUGUCCAUUUCUGUUGCACGCAGUUGUGGAAAAAAAAAAAGUAAAAAAAUGUCCCUUUUGAAUAUGUCACUUCUUGUGUCAUGGCAUUUUCCUAAGUUUGCCUUUCUUGGCAUUCAGGGUUUGGGGUGUAUUUUUUUAGUUUUUUUGUUUUGCUUUUGUUUUUUAUCAGCAGAUUAAAAAAUAAAUGAGUGAAUUGUAAAUGUUUGCCAGUGCAAAUGGAGCAAUCAAUCAUUUUUUUCCCUAAGGUUGCAUAUGUUACAUUUUUAACUGGUUAGCUGAAUAGCACAUGUUCUGCAAAAUACAUACUGUGUUAAAUCUGGGUUUGUUACAAUAUACUUAGGAGUCUAAACUAAACUGUGCUAGGCUUGAUCACUAGAAUUUUCAUUACAGGUAGCAUGUGGACAACCAAACUACAGACUCCAUGGAAACUGACAUAGGGUUGUUGUUGGUGGUGAGUUUGUUGGGGAAUUGACGACUUGUACCAGGUGAUGGAAUCGGCGCUACAGUCCCUUGUGUAAAUUGAGGCCAAAUCUGAUUGGAAAUGAUGGGUGUUAUUUUCAGAAGUAUUCAGUGUUUGCCUAGAAUUCGCCUCCCACUAGGUAACCAUUGGCCACGAUGGGAGUAGAGAUGCGUCAACACUGAGUGUGUUGACAGCCCCAUCUUCAUGGACAUAUUGUAACAUGUGAAUGGUGCGUUUCUGAGAGAGGAAUCAAACGAAAUAAACGGUGUCCAACCCA